AUGGCACUUACUACCUAUUGUCGGUUGCUACAUGUGCACAAGUUCAUUUUUGGUAACAGCGCAAAUAUAUUGUCCCGUGUCGGUCUCGGAGAUAAUGGCAUGGCCGUGUUAGCAUGUCCUAAACAUUCUGCACGUUUCAAGUCGUCAGAGGCUGUUGACAGAAAGGAGAAGCAGAGACAACACAUGGCAAGAGGUCUGCCCAAACAGAAACCUGUAGCAGGAGUCAAGCAAGUCAUCGUGGUUGCUUCAGGGAAGGGCGGUGUGGGGAAGUCGACCACUGCAGUUAACUUGGCUCUGGGGAUUUCUGCGAACGAUCAGACAAAAUCGGUGGGACUUCUGGAUGCUGACGUUUUUGGACCCUCUAUUCCUAAGCUGAUGAACUUGAAAGGGAACCCCGAGUUGACAGAGAAAAACUUAAUGAGGCCGCUGAUGAAUUUUGGGAUACCAUGCAUGUCAAUGGGCUUCCUGGUGGAGGAGACAGCUCCUAUCGUUUGGCGAGGUCUGAUGGUGAUGUCUGCCAUUGAGAAGCUGCUGAGACAGGUGGACUGGGGUCACCUGGACUACCUGGUGGUGGACAUGCCGCCCGGUACCGGAGACGUCCAGCUGACCAUUACACAGAACAUCCCUGUCGCAGGGGCGGUGAUCGUGUCCACACCUCAGGACAUCGCUCUGCUGGACGCGCGGAGGGGGGCAGAGAUGUUCCGCAAGGUCAACGUGCCGGUCCUGGGGCUGGUCCAAAACAUGAGCGUGUUCCAGUGCCCAAACUGCCAGCACCAGACCCACAUUUUUGGGGAGGACGGGGCGAGGGAAUUGGCCCGCACCCUGGGAGUGGACGUCCUGGGGGACGUCCCGCUGCACCUGAACAUUCGGGAGAUGUCAGACAGGGGCCAGCCCGUGGUGGUGUCCUCGCCGGACAGUCCGGAGGCUGAAGCCUACAGAAAGGUGGCCUCUGCGGUGGUCCAGCGCCUGGCGGCCCUCUCUGACUGACAGCAGGUGGCACGGGCGGAGCCAGCGGGGCGGGAGGCGCCUGUCCCGCUCGCAACCGGCGAACGCCGCACCGUCCGUCACUCGCACCGCGUGCACAAAGCGCAGCGUCAGUGAGGUCCACUGCAGGUCCUCCAGCUAAAGUAUGACUACCCCUGCCAUCUAUGAUUCAUCCAGCAAAUGCACUGAAAGGAUCCCAAGCACCUCCCCCGACUGGCACGGUUUACUACACUGAAUCACAGUAUUGACAUUAUUACAUUGUGGGUGUCAUAUUAUCUUCUUCAGAACAUUUAAGCGUAUCUUGUUCACACGAGCUGCUGCCGCCGCUGUGGACGUUAUCGGCCAGCGUAAAGCUCCCGGGGUCAUCUGCUGCGAGGGCACGCGUCGGGUUUCGACGGCGGGUUUCCUGCGCUUGCCGACGGACUGGCGCGUAGGUCACGGAUCGCGCCGCGUCUGCCACCGGCAGCGGUUCGCCGGGCGGGGGGAUUACCCUCGGCCUUAGAGGCGCUGGGCCGCGGGUCUGAGAAGAUUACGCACGGUCGGUCCAGCUUUGUGAGCCGGCUUUCGGGCCCGGCUGGUGGAAAAUUUACGUCUUCUGCCCCUGCCCUGCUCGCCCCAGAGGACAACCUCGCCCCGCCCCGAUCCCCUCACUGCAGAAUAACCAGCACCCUCUCUGUCGCUCGCCUACGUUCCAGGGUCACCCUGAAACGAACAAAAAAAAAACGACACUGUGAACAGGAUGAGCAGGAAUAAAGAGGCGUGCUUUGAAGAUGAUGAUGAUGUCAUGAGUGUUUUUUUUUUCCUUUCUUUCCCGCACCAGAGGCAGCUUUUGUGCAUGCGAGAGAGUGAGCCUGUCUCGGUUCUCUGACACACAGAAUUUCACUCGUUGUCUGGAAACAGAGCGGCCCCUCUGACACACCACGUCGUGACUGAAUUACCUCACCCAGAGAUGUCCAGAAAAUGGCCUCAAACACUCUGUCUGAAUCUGUUCCAAGUCGUUCCUUUGAAGACAUUUGUGCUUUUUGUUUGUGUGCUCUGUGAAGAUGCUCACUGGUGUGUCUGUCCGUCUAGGGGGGAGACUGAGAGAGAGAAAGAGACAAAGAGGUCUUUGAUCAUAGUCACUACAUUGAAUUAUUUAUUUUCUUGCCAGUCACUUUUCCACAGAGACUUAAAUAACUUGCAUAGUUAUCCAUAAUAUUCACAGAGGGAUAGGGGGGAAAAAUCCAGUUUUGUACUUUGUUCUAGGGUUACAACAGCAGGGCUUUACCUGGGCACCAAGCCUGCACUGUGUAGGGUCCAAGCCCAGCUGUGCUCUGAGAGAGCCACUGAGGGCAUCAUGUUCGCUGAAGCACUUCUCCACCAGGUCAGCCCUCCCUCCCCUGUCAGGUCCCAGGUGUGAUGUAACUUCCUCCUGGCUGAGAGUCAUUAUCUCUGACUGUUUGCACUCUGUACUCCUGCAUCUCCACUGCCACCCCUCCGCAGAAUCUCUCUUAUCUUUCCCCCGACCCCCAACAAAAAGAGCACUGUUCACAGAAACGAUUGAGGUGGAGCAGUCCUCUGGAACUCUGGUGGCGAUAAUUUCCAGAAUAAUGUGCCAAAAACAGAUUUUUUCAUUUGUCACAAUAUUUACUUAUUUAUAUUUACAAAAUUAAAAAUAGCACUGCAUGACAGUAUGCACAGAAUAAUUAUUUAUUUUUGUGUCUCACUGAGCGUUACAAAUUUUGACAUUCAUAAACAUGAAUUUCCACUUCAGUUAAAGAACUUCAAAGCUUAAAGAUUUUGCACAUGAAGAUGUAAUUCCCCACAAUACCACCAUGUUUUCUAUCCAUGUUCUGUAUGUGUGCGUACAUGUGGGCAUGUGUGUGUGUGUGUGUGUGUGUCUCAUUGGACAUUGCAGAAUCUAAAAAUAGUUCAAAACCCAAAUCUUAACUUUUGAACAAAUCUUUGAAUGCAUGAGUGUAAGUUUGCUUACAUGAGGAUAUUGUUUUGCUCUGUCUUUAGUGCUUAUUAAAGACAGCGGAUGCACUGUU